GCAAAGCAAUUAUAAAUGGAGCCAAAUAGCCCAGCGUUCUUCUCCCCCUGGUCGCCCAUUUCCUCGCAAUUUCUUCUUCCAAGCUUUGCCCUAAGCUCCAAAAUUCUUGCCGGUUCCGGCGAAUUUUUGCGAACUUUCAAGUUUCUUCGCCUUCUUUCCACUAUGAGGACUGCGCCGCUCUUCUACGCCGGCUGCGCCGAUUACCUCCUCCCUGAGCCUCACUUCCUCGAAGCCUGUUCCCUUUGCCGGAAACCUCUCGGACGCAACUCCGAUAUCUUCAUGUACAGGGGGAACACUCCGUUUUGUAGCAAAGAGUGCCGGCAAGAACAGAUUGAAAUCGACGAAGCGAAGGAGAAAAGCUGGAGACGUUCUUCUUCUUCUUCUUCUUCUUCUUCUUCUUCCUCCUCCUCUUCUUCAACCACUCAAACUCACAGAAAACCAGAAUCUAGCAAGAAAACUGUACGGUCCGGCACCGUCGCGGUGGCCUGAGAUCUUCAGUUUGAAGCAUAAAAUUUUUCAUCUACAGAGAGAGAGAGAGAGAGAGAGAGAGAGAGAGAGAGACCUUUCCCAAUUUGGAAAAAGAAAUUUGUAGAGUGGAGUGGAUGCUGAUAAUGAAUUUCCAUUACCAGCUCAAGGACUCGAUUUUCAGAGAGAUCAAAAAAAAAAAGAGAUUCGGUAAAUAAGUUUUUGAUCUCUGAACAUAUUCGGAUAAAAAUCAUGGGAAAGAGCAUCCUGAGAUUGGGUGGUUUUUUC